AGAGAGCUCAUCAGGCUCAGCCCUGCAAGGUGCAGCACACAAAACUGAUGGCAAAACUUGGGGAGAGAGACUUGUUUAAAGAAAGCAGCCAUGGACCUGAUCCCAGACUUUUCUGUGGAAACCUGGAUGCUCCUGGCCACCAGCCUGGUGCUCCUCAACCUGUAUGGAACUCACACACAUGGAAAUUUUAAGAAGUGGGGGAUUUCUGGACCGAAACCGCUGCCCUUCGUGGGAAAUGUUCUAGCGUACCGCAAUGGAUUUUGGGAGUUUGACAGACAAUGUCACAAAAAAUAUGGUAAAAUAUGGGGGUUUUAUGAGGGCCGACAACCUGUUUUGGCUAUCAUGGAUCCAGACAUAAUCAAAACAGUGCUGGUGAAGGAAUGUUAUUCUACUUUCACAAACCGGCGGGUUUUUGGUCCAGUAGGAAUUUUGAAAAAAGCUAUCACCGUAUCUGAGAAUGAAGAAUGGAAGAGAUUAAGAACAUUGCUGUCUCCAACCUUCACCAGUGGAAAGCUUAAGGAGAUGUUCCCCAUCAUUAACCAGUAUGCAGAUUUGUUGGUGGAAAAUGUGAGGCGUGGAGUAGAAAAAGGCGAUCCCAUCGUCAUGAAAGACAUCUUUGGGGCCUACAGCAUGGAUGUGAUCACAGGCACAUCAUUUGGAGUAAAUGUUGAUUCCCUCAACAACCCACAAAAUCUCUUUGUACAAAAAGUGAAGAAACUCUUGAAAUUUAAUUUCUUGGAUCCAUUCUUCCUCUCAGUGAUACUCUUUCCAUUCCUUAUCCCAGUUUAUGAUAUGCUCGAAAUCAGCGUGUUUCCAAGAGAUGUUAUAAGGUUUUUUAGAACUUCCGUAGAACAAAUGAAAGAAAAACGCAUGCAAGAAAAAGAAAAGCAAAGAUUGGAUUUUCUUCAGCUGAUGAUUAACUCCCAGAAUUCCAGAGACAAAGAAUCUCACCAAGGUUUAUCUGAUCUGGAGAUUGUGGCUCAGUCGAUUUUCUUUAUUUUUGCUGGGUAUGAGACCACCAGCAGUGCCCUUUCCUUUGCUAUGUAUUUGCUGGCCACACACCCUGAUGUCCAGAAGAAGCUGCAGGAUAAAAUUGAUGCCGCUCUUCCCAAUAAGGCACCUGCUACCUAUGAUGUCCUGCUACAGAUGGAGUAUCUAGACAUGGUGGUGAAUGAAACUCUCAGAUUAUAUCCAGUUGGAGGCAGACUUGAGAGGCUCUGUAAGAAAGAUGUCGAGAUCAAUGGAGUGUUCAUUCCCAAAGGGACUGUGGUGAUGGUACCAACCUUUGCUCUCCACAAAGACCCAAUGUGCUGGCCAGAGCCUGAGGAGUUCCGCCCUGAAAGGUUCAGCAAGAAGAACCAAGACAGCAUCAACCCUUACACAUACCUGCCCUUUGGGAACGGACCCAGGAACUGCAUUGGCAUGAGGUUUGCUCUCAUGAACAUGAAAGUUGCCCUUGUCAGACUCCUGCAGAACUUCUCCUUCCAACCUUGUAAGGAAACUCAGACCCCUUUAAAACUAAGAAAGCAAGGAUUUUUCCAGCCAGAAAAACCCAUCAUUCUAACAGCUGUGUUAAGAGAUGGAACCGUAAGUGGAGCCUGACAGAAAGUCUACCAUAAGGCUGUGUCCCAUGACACCAGAAGCCAAUUUAUUUUGUGAAGAAAUGAAGAUGGGAUUGAUUUUUUUUUCCUGUGUGGGAGAGUCUGGGCACUCACCAAGCUGCUCACCUCCCCUAGCCAUCAAAGUUCAUGCUUCCCCAAAUAAACAAAAACAAGAUAA